GACUUCUAAGCGAUCGGUUUGGAUUUCGUUAGCUCCGCCGCGUCAGCUGGAAAUUCGUAUCUCAAAGAUCGCUGCCAGCUUGUUCGUUCGUUUUUGGAUUGGCAUACGGAAGCGGCUAACGCAGAAUCCGGAAAAAUCACAAGAGGCACAAUAUUCCGCCAGAAACAAGCAAAUGCCGCGUAUCUGCUUAAUGUCAGCGCGAAAUCUCAAUUCAAUUAAUUGUUUGUGAUUGCAAAUUUGGCAUAAUUGUGUUUUGAUUUAUUUGUGUAAAUCGGAGGCAUUGUUAAAUAAGGCCCUAAAAUCCGUAAACUGUAUUGAACUCGCAGUUCCAUCAACUAAAAUUGAGAUAGCGGGACAUCAACAUCGCCAUCAAAAUGCCAGAAGUGAUUUACUCCAGCCUUUUUCUGCUGCUCUGCUGCACAAUCCUGCUGCUGGGGACGGCGGUAUCAGGUGUUCAGAAUGCUAGUUUUAAUGGCACUAGUCCUCACCAGAAUCGAACCCACCGAGGACAUGCUCACAGCCAUCGAACGCGACAUCAGGGAAGUUAUUUACCAACCCAUCAUCGGCAGCAGCGGAGAUUACAGUCUCUGAAUCAAGCCAAAUCGGAUGUGGAACUGCUGCCGGGGGUCUCCAUGCAAGAGGUCACCAGAUUACGAAGAAUUCAGCCACAUAAUCCCUAUAAUAAAGUGCAGACACGACGCCUCCACCAAUCACGACCGCCCACCGAAUGGGAUUAUAAUACUUAUAAUAUCCUGACCAACACGUUUGGACCUCCCCCACCGCCGAUGCCUUCGUCACCGCGUUUGGGGAAGGGUGAGGACAACACCCAGGAUGUGGAGUUCAUUGGGAUGCGUGAGGGGGGCAGGGGUUACUCCUUUGUGCCAUCGGUCACGGUCACCACAGCACCUCCACCGAAUCUUAAUAGGAGAUCUGCGAAUCCGGGUUUCGGCAGCAGCAUGGGCACCAUUCCACCGCUUGUUCCGGCCAGAAGGGGCUAUAGCUAUACGACCACAACCACUGCUCCGGUGACCACCAUCACCACCGAGAAUCCAUUCGAGACGAACACCAUUGGAAGGAGCUAUCCCACAGAUCCCAAGGAAAUGGAAAGGCGGAACAUUUGCAUGCAACAGCGAACGGUGACGAUGCCCGUGAAGCGGACGGAGGUCUACACCCGACCCACCUGGAAGCACGUGGCCACGCCCUGCCAGCCGCCCACCUUCAGCGGCCAGAAGUGCACCAGGGUCCAGGUGGUGCACGAACAGGCCUACCGGGACGUCAUCGACCACAAGACCGCCCAGCAGAUGACCUACGACUGCUGCUCGGGAUGGAGCCGGGAAACCACCAGGGCGGAUGCGUGCAUGAAACCUGUUUGCUCCACGCGCUGUCAAAACGGUGGUAAUUGCACGGCUCCGAACACCUGCAGUUGUCCAUCUGGCUACACAGGACGUCACUGCGAGCAGGAUGUGGACGAGUGCCAGACGGAAAAGCCCUGCGAUCAGCAAUGCUUUAAUACUCAAGGAUCCUACAUCUGCCGCUGCCGCCAUGGAUUCGUUCUCCAGGCGGAUCAGCAGAGCUGCAAGAAGGUGUCCUCGAAUGCGGACGACGCUUUUGAGGCCCGGGACUUGGAGAACGACAUAGACGACACGGAUCCAGAGGUGGUCACGCGGCUCCAGAAGAUCGAGAAGUCCCUGGCCAACGAGCGGGUGCACACCAACGAGCUGCAAAAGUCGCUCCAGGCCACCUACAGUGUGGUGGACACACUCAAGAGCCGGCUGAGCACCCUGGAAAAGCAGGCUCAGGAUGUGAGUAGACUGCAGACGAAUCUGUACAAGACGGAGUCGCGGACCAACAAGCUGGAGGGGAUGCUCAACCUGCUGCUAAAGUGCCGAAAUGGCCCGAAUGCCAACUGCCCCUAAUCAGAACUGCACUUCCCUACGCUAUUAUUAAAUGUUAGUUAACUUAAUUGACGUGAACUGCUGCUCCUGCUUGUAAGCCAUUCCCGAAUGCGAGUCGAGUGCCUCUGUAGUCUGUAGAAUCUCAGCCCUUGGAUCGGGCUGUGCGUAUUAGUACUUAAGCGAACGUGUCAUAAAUGUAUUCAGAUCUGAAGUUAUAGCCCUAAGCGCACCACCGCACUCUGCACCACCCAACGUUGGUUUGGGUGGUGCCCCGAUUAGUUUCUGCAUGUAUCUGUAUAUAAUUUUAAUGUAUAUUAGAAAUCACUGCACAAAUAAAUGCAUUUUAUAAUUUGAA